GUCGCUGAUUGGCUGAGCUCCACCCUCCAAUCAGUGCAGUGUAGUGAUUGCUGUCACACUGACAGAGCGGGCGGUCUGUCAGGUUAGAGCUGGGCUCAGACUCAGAGGAGGAAACAGCAGCUAAACUUUUACUGAAACCGGGAUUUAACUCUUCUCUUUAACAAUAUCGACAGAAAGAUAGUGUACCGUGGACUUCCGGCCAAAAAAAAAAAACAAAAACACCGAGAUUUCCCUGGACUUUGAGGGACUGACUCACACGAGCCAGGACUAUUCUGAAGGACUAAUUCAUUCGUCAAUAUGGCGGCUUACCGGCUUGAUUGAAGCGCCAUUAACACGGACUGGUUGUUUUGAUUGACGUGAAGGACGAUGAGGAUGAGUGUCACGACGAUGAAGAUGCAGCAGGUGCUGAGUGUCCUGAUGGUGUGUGUCCUUCAGCACUGCAUCGCUCAGACACAAGGAGUGACCUUUUGCGACGGCACCCAAAACAGCCUGAGUACGACAGGGUCGGCGGAGAACCAGUUCAACCUGAUGAAGGACAGGUACACGGGCUGUGAGAUCGUGAUGGGAAACCUGGAGAUCUCCAUGAUGGAGCACACCAGAGACUUCUCCUUCCUGCAGUCUAUCAGGGAGGUGACGGGCUACGUCUUGUGUGCCAUCAAUGAGUUCAGCCGUCUUCCUUUGGACCAGCUACGCAUCAUCAGAGGCUCCACACUGUACCAGGGCCAAUACGCUUUGGCUGUGAUGAUCAACUACCAGAAGGAGGGCCAGUACGGCCUCCAAGAACUGGGCCUGACACACCUCACAGAGAUCGUGAAGGGAGGAGUGAAGCUCAUGCGGAACAGGAACCUGAGCUACGCUCCACAGGUGAACUGGCGGGACAUUGUCAGGGAGGAAACGGCUCCUAUUGAGAUCGAGGACAACGGGCCCACGAGGCUGUGUGACGAGGAGUGUGGAGAUGUGCCAUGUUGGGGUCCAGGAAAGGACAGCUGUCAGAUCUUGACAAAGUCUGUGUGCGCCCCCCAGUGCAACGGCAGAUGUUUUGGUAGGAACCCCAGUGAGUGUUGUCACAUCGAGUGUGCCGGAGGCUGCACUGGACCCCUGGACACGGACUGCUUUGCCUGCAGGAACUUCAACAACUCAGGCUCUUGUGUUCCACAGUGUCCUCAGACACUCAUCUACAACAAGCAGACGUUUAGACUGGAGCCCAACCCUAAUGCCAAGUACCAAUAUGGGUCCAUCUGUGUGCAUCAGUGCCCCACAAAUUUCGUGGUGGACGACAGCUCGUGUGUCAGCAACUGCCCGUCGGAUAAACUCGAAGUGGAGAAGAAUGGAGUGAAAAGUUGUGAGCCGUGUGGAGGCCUGUGUCCAAAAGUUUGCGAAGGUACAGGAAGUCCAACCAGAGAAACCGUUGAUGCUUCUAAUAUCGACAGUUUCAUAAACUGCACAAAGAUCCAGGGCAGCCUGCACUUCCUGGUGACUGGGAUCACUGGUGAUCAGUACAAUGGUGUCCCAGCACUUGAUCCGGAAAAACUGAAAAUAUUCAACACGGUGCAGGAGAUUACAGACUUCCUGUGUAUCCAGUCGUGGCCUGAGAACAUGACAGACCUGUCCGUCUUCUCAAACCUCAAAACAAUACAAGGCAGAAACCUUUUCAGAGGAAGACACCGAAGGACUUACUCUCUCCUGGUGAUGAAGCUCCCCUCCGUGACCUCUCUGGGGUUACGCUCUCUGAAAAGAAUAAAUGAUGGUGGAAUCUACAUCACAGAAAACAAAAACCUGUGUUAUUCCGACACCAUCAACUGGACGCGCAUCGUUAGCGGUAGCUCGCGGCAACAACGACGUCAGAAGCUAAUUGAAAUUAAAGAGAACCAACAAAAAGAAGAGUGUGUGAGCGAGGGCCACGUGUGUGACCCCCUCUGCUCCUCUGAAGGCUGCUGGGGUCCUGGGCCGGACCAGUGCCUGUCCUGCCAGAAAUACGACAGAGGAGGAACAUGUGUUUCAGACUGCAUGUUCCUGACUGGGGAGAGGCGUGAGUUUGCUUCACAAUCAGGAGAGUGUUUGCCCUGUCACCCAGAGUGUAAGGUCCAGAAGGGGAAGGAGACCUGCACCGGCCCGGGAGCAGAUGAGUGUGUAGCGUGUGCCAACUUACAGGACGGUCCACACUGUGUCUCCUCGUGUCCUGAGGGUGUGAUGGGAGGAGAGGGCGUCAUCUUUAAAUUCCACAAUAAACAAGGCCACUGUGAACCGUGCCACAUCAACUGUACCCAGGGGUGCUACGGCCCAAGAGUAAAAGACUGCGUGGAUCCUUCGCGGUUUAUUUCUGGACAACAGACCACGUUUAUCACUCUGGGAGUCAUCGCCCUCAUCUUUGCCUCCUUCUCCGUCUUUGUGUUGACCGUCCUGUACCGCAGAGGAAUCGCCAUUCGCCGCAAGCGUGCUAUGAGGAGAUACAUGGAGAGUGGCGAGAGUUUCGAGCCUUUGGAGCCCGGAGAGAAGGGAGCCAAAGUCUUCGUUCGGAUCCUGAAACCCACCGAGCUGCGUAAGCUGAAACUGCUGGGUAACGGAGUAUUUGGGACAGUACAUAAGGGUAUUUGGAUUCCUGAGGGUGAUACAGUGAAGCUUCCUGUGGCCAUUAAGACGGUUAACGAUCGCACUGGGCGGCAGACAUUCUAUGAUGUCACAGAUCACAUGACAGCAAUGGGAAGCUUGGACCACAUCAAUGUGGUCAGGGUCCUGGGUAUUUGCCCCGGCGCCAGUCUGCAGCUGGUCACCCAGCUCAGCAAUCAGGGCUCCCUGCUGGAGCACGUGAAGAACUGCAGGAACAACCUCAGCCCACAGAGGCUGCUCAACUGGUGUGUUCAGAUAGCAAAGGGCAUGUACUACCUGGAGGAGAACAUGAUGGUCCACAGGAACCUCGCUGCCAGAAAUGUUCUCCUGAAGAGUAAUUACACCGUUCAGAUCUCCGACUAUGGCAUCGCAGACCUGCUGUAUCCUGACGACAAGAAGUACUUCUGCAAUGAGGUCAAGACACCGAUCAAAUGGAUGGCCCUGGAGAGCAUCCUGUUCAGAAGAUACACACACCAGAGUGAUGUUUGGAGUUACGGCGUCACUGUAUGGGAGAUGAUGUCAUACGGAGCAGAACCGUACGCAAACAUGCGUCCACAGGAAGUGCCUGAUCUCCUGGAAAAGGGCGAGCGUCUGUCCCAGCCUCAGAUUUGUACCAUAGACGUCUACAUGGUCAUGGUCAAGUGUUGGAUGAUUGACGAGAACGUUCGUCCCACGUUCAAAGAGCUGGCGAGUGAGUUCACCAGGAUGGCCAGAGAUCCACCUCGCUACCUGGUGAUCAAGGAGGACUGCAGCCAACAGGACGCAGCCGUCGAUGAAGUUCCACAGAAGAGUGUAGAUCUGGAAGAUCUGGACGAUCUGGACCUUGAGCUGAAGGACCAGGAGGAUGACCAGGUUGAUGACGGCAUCGCCUCAGGAUCAUACUACCUGUCCCAGUCCAGAAGCAUCAGUCAUCUCUCCAGACUGGACACACACAGAGUGGUUCUCAGUCCAGCUAGUGCAGGUGGAUAUCUGCCCAUGACCCCAGGUUUUGACAACCCAACACAGGCUAUGUGGUCGCCACGCUCUCGACUGGACUCGGCGCGCACCGUGUCAGAGAGCUCAGAGGCCUGCAGCAUAGCAGUGGACCUGGAGAUGAACGAGGACUUCCUCGUGGCAGGGAGUCUGAAAAGACGCCACAGAGAGGACAGCGCAUACAUGUCACAGAGGGACAGCAUGUCCGGGGGUCCCCCGGAGACCCCGUCCCCGGAUAUUGGGGAAGAGGACCAAAAUGGUUAUGUGCUUCCUGGAGACAGCCCAGAAAGAGAAACGUUGCUUUGUUCAUCUCGGGCCGGUGCCGGCAAAUCAACGAGGUCUCAGCUGUUGAACCUCCUGGAUGAUGCAGAUGAUGAAGAAUACGAGUACAUGAACAAGCAGACACCUGUGGUGCCACGGAACAGUAGUCAGGGGUCGAAAACAAACUCGAAACAAAGUUCCACUGCAGGGUCACAGUCCUGCCCUGGUGAUCCAGCGCCACCUGCAGACCUCAGGGAGGGUCAGACGAGCCUCCCUGAUUCAGAACAGACCGCCUCCGACUGUGUUGAGUACGAAUACAUGGACAUCCGAGGUAGUGAGCAAGAUGACGGUCCUCCGGCACAUGAACCUCCUCCUCCUCCUCCUCCUCCUCCUCCUCCUGUUCCUCUUCCUCCACCAGCAUCUGCGAGGAUUGGAGGACAGUUGGAGGAUGAAGAUGAUGAUGAAUAUGUGGAGGACAGUAACUACCACUACACCAACAGACAACCCAAGCUGAGACAAGCUCUUCAGGACAAAAAAGAGUUGAAGAUACAGGGAGUGGAAGGAGGUGCGGCCUACGAGUACGAGGACAUGGACAGCCUUGCUGCGGUGCGACUCGGAGACACGGUGGUGUACCAGAACAUGAACAGUGUAGGAGAAGCAGCCGCAGGACCGCCAUCAGGAUCUGGGUUUGAACCCUAUGUACAAGUGAGAGCUGGGGUCAGAAUUGGCGACGCCGAAGCCGCGGACAGAUCCUUUGAUAACCCAGACUACUGGCACAGCAGAAAUUUCCUGAAGCCAAAUGCGGUGCCAACAUGAGGAACGUGAUAAAUGAAAUGGACUUCCCUCUGACAUUUUUCUUGUGAAGGAACUAAAACAGAAAAAUGCCACACAAAAAGUGCCUUUACUGUAGCCAACAAAAGUAAAACGGAAUCAACCCCAUCAACUGUAGCUAAGUGGUCUGUUACAGACAUUAUAAUGUUGUGUAUGCAGGACUAUGAAUCGGGGCAUUUUGAUCUACACAGUAAUGGCACUGAACCUUGAAGAGACUAAGACACAUGCACAGGUUAAAAGCUAUAUAUUUUUCUGUUUACAUUGAACACAAGGAACGAGGCAUAUUGUUAAGAACACUUAACGUAUUUGUUUGUAUUGGUUCCAGUUUCCAUUCCUUAUGUAUUUUCUACCUAAUAAAUGUAUUUUAAUAC